CGACGGUCCUGCUCCCUUCCCGUGGCCUGCACCUUCCUCUCAGCCGCCUCAGCCGCCUCACCCCACUCCAACCCUCCGCCCCGUGCGUUCUCGACGCCGCGGCUAGCACCGGACUUCUACUCAUCACCCUCGCGCCGCUCAGCCGUGCCGUCGUCCGUUGGAGGCAAGGCGCCGCCGACUCGCCUCGGAUCAACCACGACUUGCCCGUCCACGUCAUCAACAGGACGUCCCCGGCACACCCCCGGACUUCGAUUCUUGUUCACGAAGAGUUCGUCGUCGGUUGGAGGCAAGACACCGACGACUCGCCUCCGAUCAACCACGACUUGCCCGUCCACGUCAUCAACAGGACGUCCCCGCCGCACCCCUUGGACUUCUAUUCUUCUUCAUCAAGGAGAUCGUCGGCAGAAGGUUGUCAUCACCAACAGGUGUGGAGUGACAAAUGGAAGGUGGGAUGCAUCUGUCACGUGCCAAUGAUGAUUUGCAAUCACGCUUCGCUUUUCUGCCGGAUAAGCGCUGUAGAGUUAUAAAGGGCCAGGACUACAUCAGUGUUAAAGGAGGCUUCUUCCAGGAAGGCGAUGGGUAUAAUAUAUUCGCGAGUUACAAAAAAUGUGACCAUGAUUGUGCUGUAGCGGAACUUCCAGAUUCCAUGAAGGAGGAAUGGUAUAAGAGAUAUUUCAUUGCUGAGGAGAAGAUGCCAAGGGUAGUCACAGAGACGCUUAAAACUGUACUGGAGACAAACAUUGGUACAAUUGAACAGCGGAACGGUUAUACCUUCAGAUUUCCCAAUUGUCACAAAGACAACAUGGAGUAUGAUGAGAACUCGAAGGUAUACUUGCUUCUGGCAGGACGCAAUAAAAGGCGAUCAUUCCAGAAUCGCGGUCAACUUAAUGCUGCCACAAGGACAGCUUGGGCUAUCCCGAAAUUAAGGGAAUCACUUCACUCUGGAAGAGAAAUGUCACAGCGGACUUUACUCUAUUUGAACAAACGUCUGUAUCUAGACCAGGCAAAGUCUGAUGGGAUCAUUAAUGACCUCUGCUGCAUGACAGGGUGCAGGCGGAAGUCCCUCAAUGUGGUCCCCGCCGAACGAGGCGUGGUGAUGGGAAAUAUUCUCUUAAGGAUGAAGGGGGGCAACAAUGUAAGUUGCUCACUUGGAACACCAAUCCCAAGAAAACCUGAACUUAUUCAAGAUGUUGUAGUCCACGAAGAUGCAGGUGACAUCGAGUACAUCCUCGUUGUUGAAAAGUAUACCAUGAUGACAUACUUGGAAGAGAUGGAUUACCAUAACAAGCAUCAUUGCAUUAUAUUGACUGGUUUGGGAAUGCCUAGCAUAUCAACCAGGCAGUUCCUGAAAUGGCUUAAAGACCACACUGGACUACCUGUAUAUGGAUUGUGUGAUCCUGACCCCGAGGGAAUUGAAAUAAUAUCUGUUUAUGCCCGAGGUUCCGUAAAUGCUGCGUUUGACAAUUUCAACAUUUCUGUACCUUCAAUAAGGUGGAUUGGACUCUCAACAUUGGAUCUAGACGAUUAUGGGUUGAAGUUACCAGGCUUCUGUUUUGCCGAUCUUACAGAUCUUGAUACAACAACACUGUCAAAUAUUUGCAGUGACACAAUGUCAAAUGAAUGGCAACGUAGGAUAAGGCACAUGUAGCAGUUCAAAAAGAAAUUCGCAUUUGAGGAACUUUUUAGAUUCGGUGCUUCCUUUUUGGCUGAUGUUUUGCUUCCCAAAAUGAUUGAAAAUUGUAGCCAAAACAGAAUUAUAUCCAAGGAGCAAAGUAUUUUCUUCAACCGAGCUCUGUGUCAUUGACGUUAAGCCUGGGUGUAAAAUCAGGUUUUCAAUUGAGUAUGGCUUCAUUUGGCAACUCACUCAG